AUGUUCAUAAUUAACAUCCUCUCACUAAUUAUCCCCAUUCUCCUCGCCGUAGCUUUCCUGACCUUAGUCGAACGAAAAGUACUAGGCUAUAUACAACUCCGCAAAGGACCAAACGUUGUAGGGCCAUACGGACUACUCCAACCCAUUGCAGACGCUAUAAAACUAUUUACCAAAGAGCCCCUUCGACCUCUUACAUCCUCCAUAUCUAUAUUCAUCAUAGCACCAAUCCUAGCUCUUACACUAGCCCUAACCAUAUGAAUCCCACUACCCAUGCCGCACCCCCUCAUUAACAUAAACCUAGGAGUAUUAUUCAUACUAGCCAUAUCAAGCCUAGCCGUCUACUCCAUCCUAUGAUCAGGAUGAGCCUCAAACUCAAAAUACGCCCUAAUCGGGGCCCUACGAGCCGUAGCCCAAACAAUCUCAUACGAAGUCACACUAGCUAUUAUCCUCCUAUCAGUAUUAUUAAUAAAUGGAUCCUUCACACUAACCACACUAAUUACCACCCAAGAACAUACCUGACUAAUCAUCCCUGCAUGGCCCCUAGCCAUAAUAUGAUUUAUCUCGACACUAGCAGAAACCAACCGAGCUCCAUUCGACCUAACAGAAGGAGAAUCAGAACUUGUCUCCGGAUUCAAUGUAGAAUACGCAGCAGGCCCCUUUGCCCUAUUCUUCAUAGCAGAAUACGCCAACAUUAUCAUAAUAAAUAGCCUCACAACAAUCCUAUUCUUCGGAGCAUUUCAUAAUCCCUACAUACCAGAAUUAUAUACCACCAACUUCACAGUAAAAACCUUACUCUUAACAACUACCUUCUUAUGAAUCCGAGCAUCCUACCCACGAUUCCGAUAUGACCAACUAAUACACCUAUUAUGAAAAAAUUUCUUACCUCUCACCCUAGCCCUGUGCAUAUGACAUGUAUCCCUACCUAUCAUCACAGCAAGCAUCCCACCUCAAACAUA